GAAAAAUUGAUUGGGACAUUAAUAUCGGUACAUCACCGCCGAUAUUUAGGUUGAAUGGACAGAACCAUCACCUCAUUGGUAGUUUACUACCAUUGGAAGGAAAUCAACCAAAAUUCGCACAGAUAUAUAUAGCUGAUGCAGGGAACGAGACGAGUAACAGGAUCCAAUCUGUCGGGGGAAAGCCAACAGAUAAUAAGUUAAAUCCUGAGACCGUUCGUGAACUACAAAACAUGCUCGAUCAACAUAAUGUUCACGUUAAAUCAUUCAGAAUGGCUAGAGAUCGAUUCAAUAAUUCUGUUGUGGUAGAUUUCAAACUGAAACUGAUUGGCACAAGGCACAACAAUGGAAGGGUUUACAACGAGCCUGAAGUCAAUGAAGUUGCUGCAAUUAUUGAAGGUGAUAUUGAUGCAUCUCGAGC